ACCUCAAAUUUGGAUUCUUGACGUAUGGGGAGUUAGUGCUUCGUCAACAGCGACUAAUAACCCUGGAAAGAAAAUGCUUUAGUGUUUCCAGGAGGAAGCUGUCAAAGCACUAUUAACAUCUUUGAUCAUAACUCGUCUGCAACUUUGCAAGUUGCAAUGAGGAGUUGGGUCAAACUUCCAGGUUCACCAUUCCACUUUCAAAGAAUCGUCUCCAUCCCAUAAUUUCAGCUACCGAAGCGGAAUUUUUGAUGGGCUUGGAAGAUCGAAUGGCAGUUAGCCAUGGUUCUCUAAUGAGUUAUCCGAGUUUUGUUCUCCUGAUUUCUACAAUUAUUCUUUUUAGCCUUUCCUUCAGUACUGCACAAUCAAAUGGCUGCUCUGAAAGGGGCGAAUACUCUGCUAACAGUGCAUAUAGCAGAAAUCUCAAUCUCAUACUUUCCAGUCUGCACUCCAAUGUUUCAGUAAAUGGAGGUUUUUAUAACACUAGCACUGGCCAAGGCCCCGACGAAGUUUAUGCUUUAGCCCUUUGUAGAGGAGACCUUGCCUCGGGGAGUUGUUUUGAUUGCAUCAACUCCUCCAGUGAAGGUAUUAAAAAGCAGUGUCCGAAUCAGAAAGAAGCCAUUUUUUGGGGUCCUGGUAUAUCAUCAUCUGUAUGCAUGUUAAGGUAUUCAAACCGCAAUAUUUUCUCCGCUAUGGAAGUAACUCCUUCCAUUCCGGUGACUAAUCCGAAUGACAUCUCAGCAAACCUGGAGCAAUUCAAUGAGACGCUUCAUAAGUUAAUGGGAGUUCUCCUGACAGAAGCUUCCUCUGGUUCAACUUCAAAGUUUGCUGCUGGAGACAUGAACUUCACAAGCUCAGAAAAAAUAUAUGGAUUAGUGCAAUGUACCCCAGAUAUUUCAAAGAGUGAUUGCAGAAUUUGCUUGCAAGGGGCGAUAGGCGAGCUUUCAGAAUGCUGUGGCAGAAAGCAAGGAGGGAGAAUUCUUAGGCCUAGCUGCAUUGCUUGGUUUGAGUUGAAUUUAUUUUAUGAUUCUAAUACAAUUGACGCUCCAUCUCUAUCCCCACCUGGUCCAUCAACAUCAGUUGAUAUUGUCCCUCCUGUAAUUACAAAUAAUAGAGAAAGUAGCAGGACUACAUCUCGAACCACUAUAAUCAUUGUUGUGUCUGUUGUCAUUUUACUGGCACUGGCUGUCAUAGUCUCCAUUUUAUGUUGCAUUUUGUACAAGUGGAAAGCAAAGUUGAAUCGAGAUGAUGACAGUGCAAUCAGAAGAUUGGAAUCCUUGCAGUUCAGCUUAACUGCAGUAAAAACAGCAACAAAUGACUUCCAUGACGCCAAUAGGCUAGGCCAAGGUGGAUUUGGUUCAGUUUACAAGGGAAUGCUGCAAAAUGGACAAGAAAUUGCUGUCAAGAGACUAUCUAGGCAUUCUUCUCAAGGCGAACUUGAAUUCAAGAAUGAGAUUUUGCUGGUAGCUAAGCUUCAACACAGGAAUCUUGUUCGCCUAAUGGGUUUUUGCUUGGAAGGGACUGAAAGGAUCCUUGUUUAUGAGUUUGUUAGCAAUGGGAGCCUGGAUCAAUACAUAUUUGAUUCAAUUAAGCGUGGCCAAUUAAAUUGGGAAAUGUGUUACAAAAUCAUAUGUGCAAUUGCUCGAGGGAUUCUUUAUCUUCAUGAAGAUUCUUGCCUCAGGAUUAUCCAUCGUGAUCUGAAAGCAAGCAACGUCUUGCUAGAUGAAGAAAUGAAUCCUAAAAUUUCAGAUUUUGGCAUGGCAAGACUUUUUGCUGUGAAUCAGAUUCAAGGCAAUACCGCUAGAACUGUGGGAACUUAUGGCUAUAUGGCUCCGGAGUAUGCAUUACAUGGUCAAUUCUCUGUUAAGUCGGAUGUCUUCAGUUUUGGUAUUCUACUUCUGGAGAUUGUGAGUGGCAAGAAAAACAGUUGGAUGAACGAUUCAGGGGAGCUAGAGCACCUUCCAAGCUAUGCAUGGAAAAAUUGGAGAGAAGGAACAGCUGAAAAUCUGAUUGACCCAACACUUGGGAGCAGCUCAAAAAGCAUAAUAAUGAGAUGCAUCCAUGUAGGGUUAUUAUGUAUUCAGGAACAUGCAGCCAAAAGACCUACCAUGGCUUCAGUUGUUUUAAUGCUUAAUAGCAACUCCUUGAGUCUCCCACCGCCCAUGCAACCUGCAUUUCUUAUGUAUGGUAGCAUGGAGACUAGCCUGCCUUCAUCACAGCAGAGUUCAGGGUCCAGUCAGUCAGGACAAUCCACAGACAGAGAUGCCACACCAUAUUUCCCAUUAAACUAAACUUUCUUUUAUGACAAGGAACUACCUAAGUCUAAGCAAACACAAGAAAAGAAAUUUUGUAACUUGAAGAUUAUAUUUUUCAGUUUGAAGAUCAGGUUUUUUAUUGCUAUCAAUGAGAACAUAGCAAGUCCUAAAGUUCA